AUCAACCCUGCUGAGUGAUCGAGGUUAGAACCCCAUGUUUUCGUUGGCAGAGACCACUGAUGCACUGUAUGCAAAAUAUGAGUGAACCGCGUUGGUUUUUAACCUCGUCCUUUCAGAGCCUGAAAACCAAAGUUAGUUACACGCGAAAUUUCAAGAGAUUUUAAACUUUUCAGGAAGAAGUACAGUUUGUAAGAGAUAAUUUUACAUAAGUAGACCAUGGACGAGAUUGAUUACAAGUUGAGAUCACAGAAUCCUACUUUGAUAUCACACGCGAUAUCCAAGCUGAUCGAGGUAAUAGACAAGAAAUUGGAAACGGAGGAAAAGAAUAUUUCAAAGAUAUCAGAAUUUAAAUUGCUCUCGUCCAAAUGCAACAGCGAGGAUUCUAUAGUCAGCACGUCCGCGUGCCAGGCGUUGGUUGUGCUUGGCGAGUCUGGAUUAUUGGACGUCAAGUCUGCACUAGCAACGUUCAUGGCAUUACUAUCUUCCUCAAAAAAUUAUCAGGCAAUCACCGUGGCAGUAAGUCGACUGUUGAUAUUAGAUUGGUCGCACGAUAAAUGCAACGAAUACACUCUCGAGGUUCCUACCCAGCACCCAUUUAUCGCGAUUCUCACCCAGGAAAAGCUCAGCUGGAGAUCCGUACUGAAUCAAAUGAAAUUCAUCAUGCAUUAUCACGACAAACGAAUUAUGGAGCAGAGUGUGAAGCUAUUACGACCCGUAUUCGUGCACAUAUUGUGCAAUCCUUCCAUGGAUUCGUGCGAGAGUUGCAAACGGGAGGCGUGGCAGCUUGUAAUCAAAUCUAGCAGCACUACGGAUUUGCGAACGGAGAUCUUACUCUGGUUGUGCACCAAUCGAGCGGACACUUGCGUCGAUGCGAACUGCCGGGUUCUCGAGCUCGCGGAAAUGGCCUUGUUGAAAAGAGACGAGGAGUUUUGUACCGCGUUAGUGCCUUUCAUCGUGUCUCUGACAAUACAGUUGUUGGAAUAUGGUCAUGAACCUAUGCAAAAUUUUUGCGCGAUACUGGAUCUCUUUGAAUACUGUUGCAGCUACGUAGGAAAUAUUACGGUAAUUUUGAUGGCAGAAAUAAUUUUGAUAUGUCCAGCAGCUUACUUGCUUGACGCCCUCCAAAUAUGUACAGUUGUCGUGGACAGAAUGCCGUGCCACGCUAUAUUGUUAAACGCGUUAGCUGCAUCCUUGUUAAAGUGGUUAGCCUAUCCGUCGUUAUUGUGCUCCGGCGCGUUAGCGACAGCGAAAGAAUUGUUAAUCAAGAUAAUGUCGCAGAAGAAAACGGAUAGUGGUAACGGUACUGUUUCAAAUAAGAUGCUGCUCGUAUUCGGCUAUAGCAAUAGAUACAUCCAAUUUUAUAUGGAACUCAUCCGCAGUCUAUAUUCUCUGAAAGAUGACACUCUUUCAUGGCUGGAUAGCUUGUCGCUCGCGCCAGUAGAUCUGAGAUACAUGUGUAAACUGGUUCUAUGCGGUAUCUUCCUGCGUAGCGACGAACCCCAGGUAGUGCAGAAGGUCUGCCACAUUCUCGUGCAGAUAACGAAGGAGAUCAACUCCUUCGCGUCGCACGUGCUGUCCCUGUUGCUGCACAAGUUAAUUAAGACCCGCGACAGCUGCACGUUGAAGUACCUGCUGCUGACUGUCCCGGAGUUCGUCAUGACCAAGGAAAAUCUACCGAUUGUCAUUCACACGUUGAAUACGCUACUGAAUAGCGGCAAGCCGCUGAAAUAUUUUGCGAUCCCACUUUAUCUGAAGGCAUUGGAGAAGGAGCCGCGCUGCUACCGCUUCCUAUCCACCGCCCUGAUGGACACCAUGGAGAAAGAUCGUAGCUGGCACGCGCAAGUGACGUGCGCUCGGGCGAUAAAGAACGUUUGCGAGAACCGGCCCGAGCACGGCGAGGAACUCGUGCCGUUGCUGUCGCAAAUCCUGAAUCAAUGCGUCGACCUGAACAGCGGCGCGGCCAGUGCGCUCGCGCUCGACAGCAUCUCGGUCCUAUGCAAGUCCGCGGUGAUAGGCAUUUUUUCCACGUGGCAGGUGUUAGCGCCGAAGAUGCGCAAGGAGAAGCGCACGGUGGUCCUGGAAAGUCUGUGCAAUCUCUUUGCCAACAUACCCUCGUACUUGUUUCGUACGAGCGACGACCACGACAGAUUCAUCGCCGACGUCAUGACACAAUUGUGGGGCUACACCGUCUGCGACGACACGAGGGUCGCGAGAGCGGCGUUCAAGGCGUUAAAGUCUUACCACGUGGAACAAAUUCCAGUGGGUGUUUUUACCCCAAACUUCCAAUUGGACGUCGUACAGCACGCAUCCAGGAAAACGGAUCGUGUAACUACGUCCGAGUUGCAGCACAUACCGGGGAUUUUGUGGAUCCAGAUGCUGAAAAAGGUGAACAGGAACGUCCUCUCGGCGGCCGGGGAUCUUCUCAUUUGCUUUAUUGGGGCCGAAUUGAGCGGCUUCAGGUCGCAAAUAUAUACUUGGCCGCAAGGAGAACCGCAAAACUGGAAAUACUUGCCAGAGAGAAGUGUGAUAAGGGCCGUCGGCGAGUAUCUCAGACGAGGCGACAAGGAGGACCGGAAUAAUUAUGUAAUCGUGGAAUGUCUGCGCAUAUUCGCUCAUAAGCACAAGAAGCCGUUGCCAAACGUAAAGUGGGACUUCCUAAAGGAAAUCAUGCAGAUAUCGGAGGAGGCUCGGGAGUAUAGCUUGUCCAUCGCGAGUCGUCAAUGUCACGUUUCGCUGUCGGCGAAAUUGCUGACAGAAAGCUUCUUAUCUAUGUAUACGUCCACGUCAGAAGCGGGUCGAUUAUUGCUGGACGAGAAACACUUGGUGCUUUACUCGAAUCUGGAGGAACUGUGCCAGGCUAUUCAGCCGAAUAACUUGAAAAACUUUCUCGAAACUUCUGUACAUUAUGCCAUUGACGGGAUCUUAUUGAAUGACAAAAGGUCUCUUCACCUGUUCAAUCACAUUAUGUCGUGUUAUGCCACCGCUUUAAAAAACGACACGAUACAAAUGGGAAAUCGCACGCUGCUAAUCACGAUACUGGAAGAGAUAUUGGGCAACGUCGACUUGACGUCCAAACAUUUCGAGAAAUAUUUUGAGGCUGUGAUGGAAUUGUUGGACAAGGAUGUCGAGAGAAUGACAUCGCCUGGCAUCUGGUGGGUAGUGACGCCGGAAAAACUGAAAACCGCCAUCGCCAUUAGAGCUCAGUCAGCUUUCAAGGGAGAUAUCGCCGCGCCGUUCACCUGGCUGAAUGAACUUGUCAACGUGACAGAGUUUAAUCCAGAAAUGCGAAAGUAUUUGUUGAAAAGUAUACAGAAAGUGCAGGCUGACGUGAGAUCGGAGAGCUCCUGCGAUUUUGAAAUACAAAAAGACUGGAUUUUAGAUUUUAUAAGACACAUCGACACGCUUAUGGUAGAGGCAUCAGAUGAGAAGAACAAUAUAGUCUUUUACUGUGAUAUUUUAUUCAUCUUGGUCAUCUGCUUGUCCGGCAUGGAGUGUCUCCUGCCGGAAAAAGAAUUGCUAAUCACUUCGCAAGACGUUAGAAUAAGAUUAUUUCCACAGGCGAUCUCUAUGCUCGUCGAUCGACAAAUUUGGAAGUCCAUAACACGCCAGAUUAUGAAAUGGCUGAAUCACAUGAGGAGCAGUUCUGUACCUGAUGUAUAUAUACUUGCAUUUCAAAGCGCAUUGAUCUUGUUAAGGCAUGAAGAAGACUAUAUUUCGGAAUGGAAAAAUUAUUUGUCAGUCAAAACUCGUACUCAGAUAUAAACGAAAGAGCGAUACGUUUACGUAGGAAAUAUUUUUAUGUAUAAAAGAAUGGAAGUUCUUGCGUUAAACUGAUUAAAGCUAUACGGCACACAAUACUAAUUUUUUAUACCGUUGGCUUUACUUAUUUGCAUUACUCAGCCUUGAAUUUCACUAACGAUCGAUCUUAUAAUAUGAUUGUAAUAAACAUCUGUAAAUACACACCCGACAUCCUACUUUAAUGUCUAUAUCUUAUCGCUAAUAAAGUAACAAUUAUAUCAA